AUGGUAUUGGUUGCUGAUGGCAUGGAUGGCAUAUCAGGAGUUAUGUACAUAGAUGGAAGCUCCUUAAAUUGGACAAUACAUAUGGGGCAUAAUGGGAAAGAAAGUGUUGGUUAUGGGAAAAAAGAGGAAAAAGUGAAGAAGGGUAGCCAAAAGGAGAACAGUUUUGGUAAUACAGUGAAUCGGUUUGCUGAAAGAUUCUACAGUUACUUAGAGAAGGUGUCUCGUGUAGCGGAAUGUUGCUUAUGUGGUGGCAAUACUGGUGUUUUUAGGAAGUCAACUGAUGGUCAAUGGGUCCAUGCCUUCUGUGCUGAGGCCGAGACUCAAAAACAUGGAGUUGAAGAAUGGAAUUCUCUGAAGAAAGUCAGGGUUGCAGCCAAGAUUUUGCAGGAUGCAGCUCAUGGAAAGAAUUACAAAUCAUAUCAGGAUAGUGGGGCAAGGAGAUUGUGUGAUGCCAUAGUGCUUGGAGGUAUCAAAGACAAUGAGAAGGCCAUGGUACUCAAGUUUGGUGGACAAGCAUUAGGUUGGAACUUAAAGGAUGAGUACUUGCCUCCUGGUUGGAUUUGCCUGGUUUGUGGAGCACAUGACAAUCAGCAGGAGCUUCCUCACAAUUUUAAGAAGAUGGCAAAAGAUGUGUAUACCCCUGAUGUCAUGGAAGCAUCUGAUCGCAUUCUUGGAAGAGAUAUAUGUGGCAAGGGCACCUGGAAGAUUGGAUGUGGUUGGAGAAAUUGUAGACUACUCCGGAAGCCUUUUUUGCAGAUAUUGGGCGGCACGAAACACCCUAACAACAGACAAACAAGAGGAGCUUCGCUACCUUGGAGCACGGAACUAGGGAACCAUAAACAAGCCUGGCAUUGUCUUGACCGAGAAAUAAGGGCAGAUCCGGAAGAUGUGAGUCUUAGACAUCCCCGUGCCUUGAUUUAA